CAAACACCAAAAACUCAUCAAAAACCAACAACAAACAAACACACAUCAAAGCAAAAGAAGAAGAAGAAGAAGAAGAAGAAGAAGAAGGCAAACACUUUUCAUUCAAGCAAGCAAGCAGAACCAUGGCACUGAUGAAGAAGAGCCUCUUUGCUCUUCUCCUCUCAUCACCACUUCUCAUCAUCUGUCUAACUGCAUUGCUAGCUAAUCCGGUUUCAGUGGGAGCUCGCCGGUUAGUGGAGGAGAUUCCUAAACCGGAAAUACCCAAAUUGCCUGAACUACCUCACAUGGAGAUACCAAAACUGCCCGAACUACCUCACAUGGAGAUACCAAAAUUGCCUGAACUUCCUCACCCGGAGCUACCUAAAUUCGAAGUUCCUAAGUUCCCGGAGCUCCCUAAACUAGACAUUCCCAAGUUACCUGAAUUUCCAAAGCACGAGGGGACUAAGUUGAUGGAGACUCCCAAGCCUGAGGUUCCUAAACCAGAGCUGCCAAAGGUGCCGGAGAUUCCUAAACCAGAGCUACCAAAGGUACCAGAGAUUCCUAAACCGGAGCUACCAAAGGUACCAGAGAUUACUAAACCGGAGCUACCAAAGGUACCAGAGAUUCCUAAACCGGAGCUACCAAAGGUACCAGAGAUUACUAAACCGGAGCUACCAAAGGUACCAGAGGUUCCUAAACCAGAGCUACCAAAGGUACCAGAGAUUACUAAACCGGAGUUACCAAAGGUACCAGAGGUUCCUAAACCAGAGCUACCAAAGGUACCAGAGAUUCCUAAACCGGAGCUACCAAAAGUACCAGAGGUUCCUAAACCGGAGCUACCAAAGAUUCCGGAAAUUCAAAAGCCUGAAGCUCCUAAGUUGCCGGAGCUGCCAAAGAUGCCGGAAAUUCAAAAACCGGAAUUGCCGAAGAUGGCAGAGAUUCCAAAGCCGGAGUUGCCGAAGAUGCCGGAGAUUCAGAAACCUGAGGUUCCAAAAAUGCCGGAGAUUCCAAAACCGGAGCUACCGAAGAUGCCUGAAGUUCCCAAGUUACCGGAACUCCCAAAAGUGCCUGGAACUCACUAAGCCUAUUGAACUGUAUGAAAGCCCAUCUACUUUAAGGCCCACACCCAUGAUCUAGAUUACUAUAUCACCUUUGUCUUGUGUGUCUAUCUCAUCGUCGGUUACUUAGGGAACCAUGUCUAUGGUUUGAUCUGAUAGCCUUUCUUCAUACACUUAUACUUGUAAUCUGUUAUACUUGUAUGUUUCAUUAUGUGUUUCAUAUACUCUUUUAAUGGUUUGUGUUACUUAUCUAUGUUAAUUAA